CAAAUGGCAAAUUCUUAGCUAUUUAUGCUAGUCACUUAUUUAUUCAAUAGGUAACGAUAUUUGAUCUUUUUAGAUUAAGAAAAACUAUUUUCUAAGUGCUUGCCUUAAGGUGAAAACCUUGUAGUGCCUAUUAUUUGUUAAAAGUUUUACAAAAUUAACGUAAAAAUGAUGCAAAAAUAAGUACGAGUGAUAAAUCUACAAUAAUAAUUAAACUGUAGUGCAAUUUCUUUUACAAAAAUGUCUCAAUUGGCUUUAUGUAAUUAUACUAACAACAAUAAUAAUGACAACACUAGUGAGGAUUCUGGUCAACCACCAACUAUAUAUAGGUGUAGGGCACCAAUAGCAAGUUUAGACUGUAUGGAAGAAUUUAGCGCUGGAAGCGCACUCAGUGCACUCACCGAUCGCUCAGGUGAGGGAGGCAUCACAAAGGAGCAACUUUUACUGAGCGGUUUGACUCAAUCAGCACCAAACGCAGCUUUACAGCUUGCCAAACAGACGUCGACGGCUCCCGGUUUGAGAUAUCGCAAUUUGGGAAAAAGCGGCUUACGAGUGUCUAACAUUGGGUUAGGUACUUGGCCAACAUUCGGACCAAACGUUACCGAAGAACAAGCCGAACAGAUUAUUGUUCUAGCUGUAGAAAGCGGAAUAAACGUGUUUGACUUGUCAGAAGCUCACUCAGGAACUAGAGCCGAAGUAGAACUAGGCAGAAUCCUGUCCCGUCGAGGAUGGAAGCGAACUUGUUACAUUGUCACUACGAAAAUAUACUGGAGCACGAGGUCAGAAGAACGGGGUUUAUCUCGAAAGCACAUAAUAGAAAGUGUAAAAGCUAGUCUUGUACGACUGCAACUUUCCUACAUCGAUGUCGUCAUAGUCCACAAAGCAGACCCAAUGUGUCCGAUGGAAGAAGUAGUAAGGGCGAUGCAUUAUGUCAUUUCGCAAGGUUGGGUUAUGUAUUGGGGAACAGCGCGAUGGUCACCCGUUGAAGUAAUGGAAGCUUACACAAACUGUCGACAGUUUAAUUGUGUUACUCCCAUUGUGGAACAAACCGAGUAUCACAUGUUUUGUAGAGAAAAAACAGAAUUGUAUAUGCCGGAACUGUAUAACAAGAUUGGAGUUGGUUUAAUGGCUUGGUCGCCAAUUUCAAUGGGAUUAACGCAAGGUAAAGAAGACGCAAGUGUGCAAUUAUUCUCCCGAGCGAGCUUCAGGAAUAAGUACAGUUCAUUUUCGUGGACUGAGGAUGAAACCACUACGAAUAAAGACGGUUAUAACUGGAUGAAGGAAAGAAUCCAACCUGAGGAAACACGAAGACAAUCCGAGCGAAUCCGCGAGUUGAAUUCGGUUGCAGAAAAACUAGGAUGUACCUUAUCCCAAUUAGCUAUAGCGUGGUGUUUGAAAAACGAGUCGGUGCAAUGUCUACUAUUAGGAGCGAGUACCGUUGUACAACUUUAUGAUAGUAUACAAUCUCUUCAAUUGGUCCCUAAACUGAACACCAAUAUGAUAGCAGAAAUAGAGCGUAUCCUAGAAAAUAAACCAUCUAGACCUCCAAUGGUGUCCACUCUGGCGCUUAGAUGACAAUCAAUGUGCCCCCCUGGUUCUAUUGGUCAGGGAGGCACGAGUAAUACAGACAGUCCAAAGGAGGAUGACCUGAGCAAUGCAGAUACAGACACAAAAGACAGUCAAAAGCUUCCAUUUUGCGAGAUUCAGUGACAAAAAGUUACCGAGUUUGUAAAAACUCGUAAAAUUAAAACGCCGGAAGAAAAGCCGUUUAAAGAGAAGGUAAGAUGGAGUUACAGUCCUGAUGAAGGUCCCAAGUGCACCACUGAGACUUUUUCUACGAAGAAAAAAGAUAAAAAGACAGCAAGUCCCGUGCAAGUAUGAAAUAAACAGAAAAAUGUUUGUGAAAUUCUUAUCUGAAGUUUGUGAUGCAUGAAAAUCGAGUCCAUUUAGGUUUGUUCGCAGUUUCUAAUUCGACGCAAAUGGACUUUACACUACUAUAUUUAUUGGAACUAAAGAUCGGUUUGCGAUUUUUAUACGACAUUUUUGAAACGAGCUCUUUCAUCGAUGACAUUUCAGUUUCAGGGUUCAGAUGGAAGAAUAAAUAUUGUCUGGUUUACAAUUACAUGUUAUUCAGAAUCAGGAAAUCUAGUAGAUUCUAGAUUAUUCAGUUUUUGGGCCACUACAAUAAAAAUAAAAACAAACAGUGAACUAAAUGGCAAACAUUUUAGCUUUCUAUUCGCAAAAUUAAUUGUAAUUAACUUCUUGUGCCUUUUCCAAUAAAUACAGAUUUUUUUUGCACACUCCACUCAAACCUAUUUUAACAAGCAAUAUUAACAAACUAGUAUUUGAAUUUGAUUAAAUAAAUUUAAAAAACUGAAUUAACCCUGAAAAUAUUGAUUUUUUAGUCAAACCUGGAGCAGCUCGUUUCAUACAUAAUAGAAUGUGUGCAAACUAGGAAUUCAAAAAACUUUAAAGUUGAGUUUAAUAUUUCUACGCAAUAGUACAACAAUGUGCAUAACAAUGCUGGCAAGACACAUUCUUUUGAGCUGAUUCUUGAUAGUAAUAAUGGAAUGUUUUAACGUGAUGAUAACACUGAGAUAACUACUUUUUAUAUCUUUCUACUAAAUAGGUUUUAUUGCAAUUCUUAAUAGUUCAUAAAAGCAGAAAAAAUUAUUUUUUUGUUUAAAAGUAUUAUGCAGUAAAUAAACAAAACAAAUAUAUAAAUAAUUAUAAACUUAGAGUUAACAAGAAACGUGUAUGCAGUUUUUUCUUAAAAGACUAUUAUUUUGUUCUUUGAUUCUUGAUGAACCAUGUAAAUAUAGGAAGUAAAUAUAAUUUUUCAAUCGUAUGCUGAUAUAAUUUUUGCAACAAUUGCAACUAGAAAAAGUUUUUGCUUAUUACUGUGCCUUUCAGAGCGCAUAAGAAAGGUAAUUUUUCAGCCUCAAAUUAAAGGCAGAAAACUUUUACAAUUUCUAGUUUUUAAAUAAUUUCAUAUUUCUAAAAAAGUCUGGCAAACACUGGUUUGUCCGAUUUUUUUGUCUGAUAAUUAUGAAAAGCAAACUGUAUAAAAAUAUGAAACAAGACUAUAUUCUGUUUUAGAAAUAAUCAUUUCAUCUGUACAUUGUGUAUAAUAUAUCAUGUUAUAGAUUAAGAUAAAAAAUUAAUUAAUAUCUUGUCACUAAUGGUGAGUUCUAUUUUAACUUGAGUGGUAAUUCUAUUAAAUUAAAAAAAACUUGUAAACGACUUAAAUGAUUUAAUAAUAAAAUAAACAGUUAAAACUGAAAAAAUUUUCACCAUAAUUGCGUCUUGUUACACUGUAAUCAUAAUUUAAUGAAAUAUACCAUAAUUUUUAAGUUACUUAUAACAAUAAUUAAUAUAGGUGGUUUUUAAGAAAAGGGAACCUUGUACGUGAGCAGGAUGUACUUUAUUAUAAACCAAUCUAAUAAUAAGUACAUUAUUUUAAAAGACAGUGAAUGGAUGGUAGUAUAUUUAAUCGCAUGUUAAUCUAAACAUUUAUUAAAAAAUUAACUGAGUGGCUUUCGAAUUUACAAAAUUGUACCAGUUGUAAGUCUUCCAUCAGUCAUUCAAAUUGGUUUCACUGCCGCUUCGAAUUUUGUUUAAACAUGUUAUGUGCAAUAUAUCGUCCUUUUUUAUUGUCAUUUUAUUAUUUAUCAAAGACRGUGGUUUUGAAAUAUUUUGAAAGGAAUGCGCUUAGGAGUAAAACAACAGUGAACUCUUUGCAUUGGUUUAUAGAAAUUUUUGAAACCACAUACAUAUCGAGGACAAAGCGUCCACUUUUGCUUCAUUUAUUUAACAAAACUCACCCAUCCAAAAAGUCAUUCUCUAUGUAUUUUGCGAAAUAAAGCAACGAAAUGAUUCGGUAUUUGACCACACCUUUUUUCUUAUUGUAGAUAUAUUUUUACUCCAGAGUUCAGACAUUAAAAUUGUGUAUCGAAAUCUUUUUUAAUGCACAACUAAACGUUCUUAUAAAAAUACGUCUAUUCUACACCUUAGCAAUAUUUCUUCAAAAGCAAUGUAUCGUCGUGGAUAUGUAAAGUAGUCAUUUCAUGACGAGCGUUUUUAGACGACGGCAUUUCACUAGAUGCAAAAUGGAUAUUUAUUGGCAGUAGAGAGCUAUCGUAUAAAAACACAUUUUUAAACAUAAACACAAGCUUUACAUUGCAUUUAAUGGAAACUGUUUUCUUAUUACAUUACAUAUAGACAUCUUGCGGUUAUGUAAUAAUAAAUGCUCACGAAUCUGUUACUGUUUGUCUAUUUAUAAUGUUUAUUUAUAGAGACUAAAAACUCUAUUGUUGAAUUUAUACUAAAGAUUUAAUCAGUAGGAAUAAAUUUUAUCGAUACUAACUCGCUACGAGUAUUUAUAAACAAAUACGAGACAAUUAGGUUUGUGAUUUUUACUGUUUUAUAGGGAGUAAUGAUUUCGCAUUGUUUAAAACCAAAAAGAGAUUUUCAAAAAUCCUCAAGUUCAAUUAAAAUUUUUCCAACAAUGCAGGUGUAUUGAGCACUAAACACGAUUGAAUUUAUUUUUUGUAAUAACCCUGUGCAUAAAUAUUCACCGAUUUUUGAAAGUCCCAUUAUUGUGAUAAAAAAAGAAAUUUGAUCUGGUAACAUUAAUAGAAUAACCUUGUAAUUACCAGAUUGAAUUUAGUUAAUAGGCAUGUAAUAAGGCCUAAUUGUUGUGUAAAUAAAUCUAGGCUAAUUAGGCAUUUCCAUCACAUGUCACAGCAUAACUAAUUGCAUUUUUUGGAGAUAAAUUUUACAAAUAUAAAUUAUUAAAAAAAACACAAAUAUAUCUGAUAUUACAGUAGUGAAAAGUGAGUUAUUACCUAUUGUAAUGUAAUUGUUAUGUUUGGAAAUGUCUGAUACCGGCUCAAAUAAACUACGUUUUUCAAUUUACUUCGAGAUACUAAAAAACUCGUUCGUCUGUGCAACUAUAAGCUUGUUUUUUCUUAAAAAAUAUUAUUACUUAAGUAAA